AUGGCAUAUGAUAGAGAUCUUACGGCGGCUUCCGGCGAGAAAGCAACUCCAUCUACAGAACGGGAAUGGCGUCUUUUUGAGCGCCAGUAUGGUCGUUGGCUAAAAGACAACGCAUAUACGAUAUCUGCUGACGAAGGCAAACUAUUCAAGAACGCGACAUACAGCUGUUUUGGAAUGGGAUUAUGCGGUGGUAUCGUUACCAGCUUCGCUUUGAAGAAGUCAAAUGUGAUAAGUCGCGUGGCCACACGUCGAGUGUUAUCUGCAUUCGUUGCGCUGUACUCUACUGCCAUAUGCAUCAAUCGCAAACGUAGAUCUGUGUAUACUGAAUUGCUGAAUUCGCCGGGUCGUUUAGGAAACGCCGCUCGCCAUAUUCUUAUCGAGACACAAGGCCACUUAGCAACAUCCUCUGAAACUACAACACACGCGGAUGAUACCUUCUCAGAUAAAGUGUCUGUAUCGGAACGCAUUGGUGAUUAUGAAACCCCUGGGAAGUUAUACGCAAAUCGCAUGGCGGUUUCCGAUCCCCAUGCAAAUGAUGAAAACCUUAACAAGGCGUUCGUUAUGACAGCAAGGAAAUCUCCAAUUGCGGACAUGGGACGAGGUACGAAGGGAGAAUUCGCACGAUAA